AUGGCUGACCAGGCCAGAGCAACAUCACGAGACAAGACGCCGCAGUCACCGCACAGCAAGAACAAGGUUGUGCGCUCACAAAAGAUAUCCCAGGUGACGUCGCCGACAGAGCCGCGCUCUCCGACCCCAUUAGGGGGAGAUCUCUACGACCACAGCCCCGUCCAGGACCGUCCGCCGAUACCCCGCUCCCAUACACCAGGCCACCUCUCGUCUCGAAGUCAAGACCGUCGAAACCAGUCUGGCGAUCUCGCCCUCCGCCAGCGCUCCCAGUCAGCAGCAGGCCACACCUCGUCCCGAGCCGCUGCGGCAGGCAUCCCACACUCCUACUCAACCACCUCCUUCUCCAGCAACCCUUCCGCAAGCAAAGCCCCUACCCCCAACUCAGCGCCCCCGUCCCGCCAGCCAACCAUAACCGAGAAUGGCGACAACAAUAGCACCAGCAGUCUCACGGUCAACCUCACCCUCGGCCGCGACAGAGGCGAUUCGGGCGCCUCGGCCGGAAGCGGCAAAGAAUCCACGACCUCCACCACCCACCCCCGAAGACCAACCAACCUCCGCUCCACCUCCGCCAUAACCAGUGGCGGUCGUCCCCCAGGCGGAAGCCAUGCCGCCCCUUCCCACCCCCGAGUCGGCACCGGCCGCGGCCAACCCGCCAAAGGCGCCGAAGUCUUCACCCCUUUCCCCCCUUUAACAAAACCCAAGACCGCCCCCGACGUUCUCGCGGCCCCAUCAUCAGGAAUGUACUGGUCCCGCGCACCCACCUCGGGCACCCCCCAUACCGCCCUCCGCGCUCACACCACCACCCUCGUCGGGAGCAACGUCUUUGUCUUUGGCGGCUGCGACUCAAGAGCCUGCUUCAACGAGCUAUACGUCCUCGACGCCGACGCCUUUUACUGGUCCACCCCCCACGUGGUAGGUGACGUCCCCGUCCCCCUCCGCGCAAUGACUUGCACGGCGGUCGGCAAAAAACUAGUCAUAUUCGGAGGCGGCGACGGCCCGGCUUACUACAAUGACGUCUACGUCCUCGACACGGUCAACUACCGGUGGUCAAAGCCCAAAAUCAUGGGGUCUGACCAGCCCGGACGAGUCCCCUCCAAACGUCGAGCCCACACGGCAUGUCUGUACAAAAGCGGGAUUUAUGUUUUUGGCGGUGGGGACGGGGAAAGAGCGUUGAAUGACAUUUGGCGGUUGGACGUGAGCGACUUUGGUAAGAUGAGCUGGAAGCUGGUGUCUGGCCCGUCUCCGAGUUCGUCAACAACAUCAGUGACGGACAGGGAAAUCCGCCCCAAGGCUAGGGGUUACCACACUGCCAACAUGGUCGGGUCCAAACUGAUCAUUUACGGGGGCUCAGACGGGGGGGAGUGUUUCAACGAUGUUUGGGUCUACGACGUGGAAACGCACGUUUGGAAGCAGGUCAACAUCCCGGUUACGUACCGGCGGCUGAGCCACACGGCGACGAUAGUGGGGAGUUAUCUCUUUGUGAUUGGGGGGCAUGACGGGAAUGAAUACAGUAAUGAUGUGCUGCUGCUGAAUCUGGUGACGAUGGGGUGGGACAGGAGGAAGGUGUAUGGGCUGCCGCCGAGCGGGAGGGGGUAUCACGGGACGGUGCUGCACGACAGUCGGUUGUUGAUGAUUGGGGGGUUUGACGGGAGUGAGGUUUUUGGGGAUGUUUGGGUUUUGGAGCUGGCGGUGCACGCUUACUAUAGUCAGAUUAGUCAUUUUACGAUUGAGAUUUAG